GAGGCACAGCGAGCAUGGUGUUCGGGGUGUCUGGGGACACAACCCCAGCGACCGCUUCGGGCCUUACGAACGGACGAGAACGGUAAUCAAGCACGCUGUCCACUUCCUCAGGAAUACUUUAUCCUGCUCUCGGCCGCGUCGAGAUGGGUGUCCGCACCGCAAACAGAGUUCCCAUAAGCCCGUGUCUGUUAGUUGUCCCAUUGGGCAUGUCACACGCCAGCUACGAGUGCCUAUUGGAGUCGAGGCCAUGGACCAUUUCAACGCAACAAUCAAGGAUGGGAAGCUGAUCAAGACUCGUCGAGGACUGCAGGUUUCGCGGCAAAGGUUCAACGGUCUUUCCUUCGUCAACGCAUCUCCGCACGAUCCUUGUGGAUCGGGUUCUUCGACAGUGCCGGAAGCGACUGGGUCGCCUUCGCCGCGGCGCGAGAUCAAAUUCGUCGAGGAAGGAACUGGGGCAGGAAACGAGGCACCGGAGAUUCACCGGAGGGAUGUCGAGACCCCGGAACUCUCAGACGCAUCCCAGGGCAGUAGACGGCGACGGAGGGCCGCUAGGCGAGAAAGGUCGCCGGUGAUAUCCAGGGCUGGAACACCGCCUCAGCCAUCUGCAACGCCGUUGGAAGAGCAAAGGUUCCAAAUCGAAGACCCGGGCCUGUACCAGAACAUCCUCAGAACAGACCCGAAUCUCGACAGUCUAGCGAUGGAUACACCGGCAGACGAUCUCCCGGAGCCAGAUCCCUGCUCGUUUGAGGACAACUGGGCGCUAUUCGAGCGCCAAUUCGACCACACACUGCGUUGUCUCUAUCCAUUUGAGGACAUCCUGACGUACAACCCGGUUAGAACAGGCGAGUUCUACACGAUGGUCACCGGGGACGGGGCAGCUGUGCAUUGCGUGCGCAUGUGCGGGAGCAUCUCGGAAGCAAUCAUCAGCUCAGAGCCACGGCCCGAUUGCGUCGCGUACCACAUAUCUAAAAUAUGUGCCAUGCUCAACCAGAAAUUGAACCAGGCCCAGGGAGCCGACGCGGCAACCAUGCACUGUAUCGCAACAUUGGCAUGGACGGGGUGCUAUGUGGGCCGUCUCGAUCACUGGCAACUCCACAUGAGUGGCUUACGGAAAGUACUUGACCUAAAUGGGGGGUUGUCUGGACUGCCACCGUGGCUGUUGGCAGAGAUCUAUACCGCUGACCUUAAAGGCGCCACGGCUCUCGCCUUAAGCCCCUGCCUCCCGUUUGUUCGCUCAUACGACCCAAGCCCCGUUUCCGAUGUGGUGUCUCUCGAUGUGCGCAAGCAAACAUCCGUGUCACUAUCCGCCCUCCUAAGCCAACUGCACAUCGAUCCCGAGAUCAUUGCGUCUCUCAUUUCACUCUCGAUUUUGACUUCCGCGGUCCGGCUAGCCUACCAGUACGUCGGCACCGUGGCCUUUGAACCCCACGCUUUCACAGAAGAAUGGCAGGCCAUCAUGCACGCCCUACUCGCACAGCCGGUCCCUCUUCGCGCCGAAGAACCCGACCCUGGGGCCAGCAACCCGUACUCAACUCAGAUCUCUUCGCCAUUCCCUACUGACACCCCGGCCUCACCCGUAGGAAGGUACGCGAGAAAUCACCGCCUACUUGCUUCCAUCCCCAUCCUCCCCUCGACAGCGCUUGGACCCGGAGGUCACUUCGAGCCCGCCCUGCGGGUAGCCGCUUUGCUGUGCCUCAAAGAGCUACUCCCAGACUGGCCGCGCAAUCUGGGCGGCUAUAGCGUCCUUUUGGGCCUACUUCGCCAACACCUGGCCGAAAUAAUCCGUCGUCACGGGAGCAGCGGCGACGGCGGAGAGACGAAUCCACUCGCGGGUAGAGCAACUGCAGUAACGACACAGCCACAGCUCUCCCUCGAUACUACUAGUAAUAUCGAUCCGCGCUUGACGGUGGCUGGUAAAGCCUCGCCGCCCUCACCAUCGUCACCAAACCGCAGGGCCGUGAAAGCAGUGGCGAUCUUCCUCUGCCUGGUCGGCGACCGACUGUCCCAGAUAGGGGACGCGAAUGAGCGCCGGCUCAGCGAAGACGAGCGCUACCCCCGCGACGUGUACCACGACUGCCUGACGGAUGUAGCUGGGCUGGUAGAUGAGGGAGACGUCGAUGCACUUGGUGAGGAAGAGCUGAUUCUAGUGAGGUUGUUUCAUUUGGGAACGGUGUUUGGCCACCGGAACGGGGAGGGGGAUGAGAAUGAGAAUGCUUGGGACUGGAGCGAGGCUCUGCGGCAUAUCAUAGCGGGCAGGCAGUAAUUGUACUUUUGUAGUUAGAAUGAGAUAGAUACCUUAGAAAGCAAAGGGUGUUGGUGUAACAUUAUUACCGACCUUAAGGAUCGAGAGUAGAGAAAGGGCGGCCGACGGUUUAGGUUGAUCGGAUGAGUUGGGACAUAAAAAGCUUAGUACUGUAGGGAUAUAGGAAGUGCAAGAGCUCACAAGG